AUGCCUCAUGGUUCACUCGCAGGCUGCAAUCAUUUGUCCAUUUGUUAUGUGCCUUCCCACUACGCGAGCAUCGCUGGGUACACCAGGCCAGACAUAUCAGAACGGCUCUCCGCUACAAAACCUAAGCAGUCUUCUCGAAAAGUCAAGCCGAACUUGUCCGAGAGGCACAACGAAAAAGUCUUCCCCGCACCCCUAGUGCUGCCAGGUGAUGAUUUGGCGGAAGAUCCUGAGUACCCAGCCCAGAGCUUCCAGACUGGGUCGAUGAAGAGGAACGCAACCUAG